AUGAGUUUCCCCCCCACAUCUGCACCCAAAGAUAAGGGGAACAAGCGUCCGGCGGCAGAGCUGUCAGACGAAGACGACGACGCGGAUCUGUACGGGAGCGAUGCAGAUGAGGAGGAGAAUGCAGAGACACCUACGAAGAAACGCAAGGCAUCCACUUCAGGGCAAACCGGCUCCGAAUCUUUAGGCCUGGGUGCAGAAAACCCGCCCACGCAGAUACCUACUUACUUAUUUGUGACAUCAGCCGUGGGUACGCUAUCCGCCUACGACGUGGCAACGGGUGUCGAGUGCUUCAGAGUUCCCAACUUCUGCGAUGGUCCCGAAAUAUUGGCGGACAGCUAUACUGGGAUGGACAUGGACGAGGACACUGACGCUGCCACAGAGAAAAGUACUGAGACGAAGAGUAGUGCCCACGCGAAGGCCAAUGGGCCUAUUGUGGUGGAGAUUAAAUUGGUUGCCCUGGGCAAGAGAAAAGAGUUGCUGCAUCUGCUGGCUAUCACGUCGGCGGGUGAUCUCAACGUAUAUCGCGCAUUCCAAUGCGUGCCACCAACACGCGGCGAUAGAACAAAACCAAUGUACAAGCAAAGAGGCGCCUCUUGUUUAGGGGGUGGAGGUAACGAGAUACUGCGGUUUGCUAAGCUAGAUCACGAGGUGAUACUUAGACCAAUGGACAAUGUCGAGGAUGACUGGGCCUUUGGACCGGCCCCCACCGGCGACACAACCAAAGUAGACGAAUCAACCGCACCUGAGAGUACAGACCUUGUGGGCACAAACGUAGCCGGCGCGGAGGCUGCGUGCAGUCGAUGGCUGACGAGCGUGAGGGAGCAUCGCAAACAGAUCUUCCCGUUCUUCAACAUCUCCACAUACAACGGUGUGGUUAUAACGGGUGAGCAUACCCGGCCAUGGUGGCUCAUUGCCACACGGAAAGGGCUGAGAACACAUCCCAUGUACGUGGACACGGGAGCCAUAUACUUCACGCCAUUCCACAACGUCAACUGCUCGCACGGGUUCAUGUACUUCAACAACGAGAGAGAACUUCGGAUCUGCCAGCUGCCGCAGCACUUGCUGUACGACUCGGCCUGGCCUUCGCGAAAGGUGCCCAUCCGCGCAACACCACACCACAUAGCGUACCAUGUCGAGAGCAAGCAGUAUGUCAUUGCCAAGAGUGUGGAUGAGGAAGUGCUGGAGGUAGCCAGACUCACGAAUGACACCAAGGACAGGCAGCCUGAGAAGUUUGAAGGAGGUGUGUUUGGAUUGGAGUGA